CUAAUUUAAUUUGCACUACGGGAGGAAUUACCUGAAAUAAGUCGAUACUCAACAGAACGAACACAUCGGUGGAGUGACUGGAAAAUAUGCCGCCAAAGAGGAUGGCAGAUCCAUCCAUCGCGGUCAAGGGGAAAAGGAUUAAGGAAGAGCCUGAAACGACAGAGCAUACAUACUGGUCUAGCGAAGAGGCUUUGAAAGGAAUGGCACCACUGAACGGCAAAACCACAGCGGAAGAACAUUACCUGCCCCCGGAGAAUGAGCUGAUUCACUAUGAGGAUGAAGAGGAAAUAGCUUACAGUCAUGACUUUAGAACUGACACUUUAACUCUUUUGAUGAAAAUUGAGAAGUUACAGGCCGAACUCAAAUAUGAACGACACUGCCGAAUGAUGGCCGAGAAGGAAUUAAAAGAGUGUAAAGAGAUGAAUAAUCUUAUGGCCCAAAUGAGAGACUCAGUCUGUGAGCUCAGGGCUGUCCUGGACCGUGCCCGACAAGAGUGUGAAGAUGAUCAGACCGGAAGCGGGGACCCCAUGUGUGUAAUGGAGCAGGCCCUCAGUGGAGUACCUGAAAAUUGUGCCCAGGAUGAUACAUUCACAGAACUACCAGGAGGUCUAAAAGUUCUGAAGAGUCAAUAUAAUCGAAUUUCAGAGACAACAGACUUCAAAAAAUAUACUUCUGCAUUGUUGAUGCUGGUGUUCAAUCGAGAAACUCUGGCCACCCAUUCACUUCAGGGGAGAAAGUCCUCGAAUUCAAAAGAAGAUUUUCAAAAGCCACCCCUACCAUCGGAGCUGUUAGCAAAUAUCAUAGUGACUGGCACCGCGGCCAAACGUGCUCCGGCACCCACACAAUCUUGCCAGUCUCCAGAGCGGAACUCUCACUUCUGUGGAUACGGUGGCAUUGGUCAGGGACGGAGGGGCUCUCUCCUCGGCCAUUCUCAGGAACACCUGCACAGGCUGGACACCCACAGUUCGGAGCAGAUGUGCAAAGAACAGCUGCCAGCUUCCCGCAGAGCAGAGCCAGUCCUGAGGCGUUGCCACCUGCUCCCAGGGGUCAGUGUGGAAGUGACAGUCUAA